UAUGGUAAACCACCGAAGAUGAGCUCCUCCCGCAUGUAUCAUGCCGACAGUAACAUCAUAACUAGAAAUCAUAUGCUGUCAGAUAGCUCGAUCAAUAAGCACCAGCAUAGGCCAUGCAGUAUUUAGUCGCCCGCAUGCAGCUGAGGCCAUGCACAGGAUUACAGGAAGCAGUCAUGCAAGUCCUCCUGCAGUUGCUCCCGUUGGUUCUCUCGGCGGCGGCGGCCAUCCUGAUCGCCUGGCGUGCAACGCCGCCGGUCGUCAAAGCACGCCUGGCCGCCCUCCAGUCCGGCAUAGCACGUGCGCGUAAGCCAAUAAUGUUGGUCACCGACUUCGCCACAGCGCACCACCUGCUCGUGCGGGGCAGCAGCGCCGGCUCCUUCUCCAACCGCCCGCCGUCCAUGGCACCCAGCGCCGUCCUCUCGGGCCGCCGCUACCACAACAUCAACUCGGCGCCCUACGGCCAGCUCUGGCGCGCGCUCCGCUCCAACCUCACCUCGGGAGUGCUCCACCCGACGCGCCUGCGCCACUACGCCGCCGCGCGGCGCCGCGCGCUACACCGCCUCGCCGCGGACCUCAGGGAGCAGCAGCUCGCCGACGACGGCGUGGAGGCGCUCGCGGCGGAAAGCAUCCGUAGCGCGGUGUUCGGCCUCGUCUCCACCAUGUGCUUCGGCGACGGCGGCGUCGACGCGGCCGUGGUUCGCGCCAUGGCCGACGUCCAGACCGAGCUGGUCCUGUCCCUGUCCGCGGUGCGCACCUUCGCGUUCGUGCCGUUCCUCGCGGUGUCCAAGCUAGUCUACCGCGGGCGGUGGAACAAGCUCGCCGCGAUACGGCGGAAGCAGGAGGAGCUGUACCUCCCGCUCAUCGAUGGCUGCCGCCGCAGGCGUGGCCGUGACGACGACGACUCCGACGGGACGCCGCCGAGUUACGUGCGCACGCUCCUCGACCUCCGAGUCCCGGUAGAACUCGACGGCGACCACGAUAGCAGUGGAGGCGAGCAGACGCAGCAGCGGAGGCUCGAGGACGGUGAACUCGUGGGACUAUGCUCGGAGUUCCUUGGUUCUGGCACCGAGUCCGUGUCAGCGGCGCUGCAGUGGAUCAUGGCGAACCUGAUCAAACGGCCAGACAUGCAGGACGCCGUCAGGAGGGAGAUCGACGCUGCUGUGGAUGCCGAUGCCGAGGAGGUCGGGGAGGAGGUCCUUGGGAAGCUGGAUCUCCUCAACGCUGUCAUCUUGGAGGCGCUCAGGCUACAUCCCACCAUCAAGUUUGGAUUUAGGGAGGUGAUGCAAGAAGACCAAGUGGUUCAUGAUGGCCACCGUAUUCCUGUCGGCACCAAGAUGGUCUUCCCCCUGGAGGCUCUAGCGAGGGACAAGACGGCGUGGGACGAGCCUGACGAGUUCAUGCCGGAACGUUUCCAUGGAUGCUGCGCGGGUGGAGAAAGUACCAAGAAGCUACUGUCCGUGGCGGCGGAGAUGAAGAUGCUGCCGUUCGGAGGCGGGAGGAGGAUGUGCCCUGCGAUAGGCGUCUCGUUGCUCCACAUCGGCUAUUUCAUGGCGAACCUUGUGAGGGAGUUCGAGUGGCGGGAAGCGGAGGGCGGCGAGCACGCCGGCGUCCAACUCCACCCCGACGCCACCGUCGAGAUGUUCAACUUCAUGGAGCGUCCACUGCGUGCUCGCCUCGUACCAUUACGUCGACCGGGAGGUGGAUACGUCAAAAGUCAAGUUGGACGUGAUGAAGCUCUGGAUUGCCAAACGGGUCACUGAGUUAGUUGGGUUUGACGUAUGUUUCUGAUCCAUGCAGAGUGUAAACCCUGUAUAAUGCUUUAAGGAAUUUUCACUAGUUCUUUAUUAUUUUAUAAGAAUAAUAGUAAGGAUCUACAUGACUUUAGUUAAUCAAGAAAAGGUAUUAGAGUUAUUUUUAGUGUCUAAGUGUUGAAACGUGUUCCUUUUAAAUCAAUAGGUAAUGAAUCAUUUCACCAUAAUAA